GUUUAUCACAGAACACAGGCAGACAAUAUGCAAAAGAGGACGUUGGCCUCUCACAACACACACAUUUCAUUUUCAUAACCUUUGCUUCCCCGAAAUAUUGGCACGCAUUGACCUCUUAACACGCAAGCAAACACCCAGAAACAGAGACACCUACAUUUUCAUUUUAAUAAAAUCUCACAUGCAGAACUUUUCCCAGCAUCACCGACACUGAGCAAACCCACCAAAGUAGCGGGCAGCCACUUCCUUCAAUGCCUUACUUUGAUGUAUAGGAGCACUCGGCAGCCACUUCUUCCUCGACCAAAAGAUGACUUCUACAGUCGGCAACAGCACAGUCUCCACAGCCGAAAGCUCGACAAUGACCAUGACCUCUGUACUCCAAACCUCAAAGGCAACGACUGAUAUGAAAGCUUCUGAGUACCACACAGUCCUCCUAGUCAUCUAUUCUGUGGUUCUACUCUGCGGCACCAUUAGUCUGAGUCUGAUGAUGCACAUCAUGAAAUCCAGCUCAACUUCCACCACCUCCAUCGCUGUACUCAACCUCAUCUUUACCCACUUCAUCUUCCUCCUCACGGUGCCCUUUCGAAUUUACUAUUAUGCCACUAAUCACUGGAGCCUGAGCUGGGGGUGGUGCAAAAUGGUCAGUGGCAUGAUCCACAUCCACAUGUACAUGUCUUUUAUCUUCUACGUGAUCAUCCUCAUCACCCGGCUGCUGACUUUCUACAACAAAGCUAACCAGAUGGUGCACUUCCAGAGAAUUCAUGCUUUCCUUUUAAGCGCUUUUGUGUGGAUCACUGUGCUUGUCGUGGUCCCAUGUGUCAUCCAUUUUUCCUACGGCAAACACCCACAGGAAAACGUCAACAACAGCAACAGCAACAGCAACAGCACUAAUGGACAUUGCUUCAAUUUUGGAAAGAGUAUAAAGACUGCUAUUGCGGCUAACUACAUCAUAAGCACCUUGAUCAUAGUGGUAGCGACCACAUUGACAGCCCUCCAAGCCAAAGUCCUUUGGGUUCUAUACAAGAAGCAUCGCCAGGGGUGCACCUCUCAGCAGGACUUUGGGGCUCAGCUGAAGAGCAUGUGCUUCGCCCUAAUCAUGGUGGUGUGCUUCAUUCCCUACCACCUUUUUCGGUUUUAUUACUUGGAGAAUAUUGACUUGCAGAAUAUUAAUGAGGUGUUUCUGAGUUUAACCACUUUUAACUGUUUGGACAUGCUCACGUUCAUGGGGAGGAGAACUUGCAACAUAUGUUUUGUAGGAAGGAAUUUCUGAAAACUGUGGGUAUGAUGAAUGUGUGUGAACGGGGUUUCAGGAGACUUCAGUUACAUUUUUUUUUUUUUGCUGUUAUGGCUUCAAUUGAUUGUACUUUAUUUUGUUGGAGCUCCAUAUAUGCAGAUAUUUGAUAUCAGAACAACCGUACAAAAAUAGCAUCAGAAUAAUCAUUUAAACAGAUAAGAUGGAAUAAAAGAACAAAAAAACAACAAAAAAAGAGAAUGUAAAGAGCAGAAAGAUGACUAAAAAUCCUUAAGCGGUACAUAUAGUGCAAUUAGCAUGCAAACUAUUUUCAGUUUCUAUCAGCAUUUGUUUGAGAGUUUCUUUGAAAUAUGAACCUUUAUGAGCAUCAGUUGGACAAAAUGAUCUUAUAGGGCUGUUGUCCGUUUUCUUUGAUUUGUGUAGCUUGUUCUUUUUUUGGUCAUUUUCAAAAACACAUAAAAAGAGCACCGCUGUAAUCCAAGACAUCGCUAAUUCUGCUUCAUUUGUUCUACCGCUGUUGUGCCAUGUGAAGUUAUUAUUUUUAAAUUAUACAACACUUAAACUGUGCUUCUGUCUUUUAAUCAUAACAAAUGUUAUUAUUUGAUAUUUUGUGUCCUACUUGAUACUUGAGGUGUCCAUAGAGAGUCGGGGAACUUGGGGAGAGACGUGUGACGUGCAACAGUCAAAGUCAAACAGCAGAUGUUACAUAACUGUUAAACUGUUCUUCUAUUGAUCAAAAUGCUGAAAGAAUUUGGCAGGACUGCAAACUGCCAUUCACUUUUGACUCAAAAUGAGUGAACUCUUGCCACCUGCUGGUCUGUGUUUAUACUGCAUGCAGCUCAAAGCUUGUGAUUUGUGUAAUGUACUCAAAGACUAUGGAUUUAUUUUUCAUCACUUAACUUCAUCUGAAAGGCAUGAAAGGAGUGGAGAUGACAACUAAAUUAAUUUCACUGUAUUUGCUAACACUUAACCCCUGUGUACAUAGCUCAAGUGUUCGGCUGCAUAGCUGAGACGAGAAAUAAAUAUCUAAAAUCAUUACUGCUCCCCCAUUAUUUUGUGAAACAUUACCUCAGACCUCUUGGAUCUCCUAUGUUCUGCCCUCUGAGGUGGUGUUAG